UGAACUUAUUGCUCUGAAAAUUGCUGUUGAGUGGUUGAGUGAGUUGAAUAAAUGAGGCUUUUAGAAGUGACUACAGAAGUCGUUACAUUUAGGAAUGAAGCAGGGGUGGGGGGAACCUGGUAAAAAUGCAUUUUUAUAAAGAUACCGGGAACGGUCUGAAAUUACACGCAGGUCCUUUAAGAUGUAGGGGAGCCACUACCCGACAGCUCCAAAGAAUUGUGGGGCGAAGUGAGAAGAUGGCAGGUCUUGAUUGGUUAGAGACAGCUGCAUCCUGGCAGGUGAUUGGCUCCACAGUUGCAUGGGGCUGCUUGUGUCGUCACAAUCCCAGCAUUCCGUUGUAGCCUGCCUGUGGAACUCGCGGAACUUGCUGACAGGAGCCAAACCCCACCCCCUCGUCUGCCGGAGCUGCCCUUAAAAUGAGUAAGAAUGGGUUUGGGAGCUAUGGCGGCAUCUCUGCUGCAGGCGGAGCCAUCGGAAGCAAUGACCCACCGUCUCAGGGCAGGGUAGCUCUUGCUUUUAAGUCCAUACGAUACAGGUCCCGAAUCCAGGAUAUUAUCCCUUGCUGUGUAAACCAGCUGCUCACCUCCACUGUGAUUGAUGAUGUCUUCAUGAUUAGGGGAAUCGAGGUUUCCCUAGUCGCUAUCGUGGGGAUAAUCAGGCAGGCAGAGACGGCUACAAAUUACGUUCUUUACAAGAUUGAUGAUAUGACCACCAAGCCUAUCAACGUCCGCCAGUGGGUCGGCAGAGAUAGAGCAAAGCAGGGGAUAACUCUCCUUCCAGUGAGAGUAUACGCCAAAGUGUUAGGUAUCCUCAAAUCUUCUGCGGAGGUGAAGAGCCUUGAGGUGUUGAAAAUCCGUGUCCUGGAGGACACGAACGAGUUCACCACACAUAUUCUAGAAACGGUUAACGCGCACAUGAUGCUGGAUAAAGCGGCCUCUGGGCAAAGUGUCCCUGUUGUUCCCUCAGAAAUGGAUGAGGCCCAGAUGCACAGCGAUUACCACCCCGACUUCAUCCGGAAGGAGGUGCUGCGUUUGAUUCAGGAGUAUCCUCGAUAGGAAGGCAAGAGUGUUCGUGAGCUCCAGACCGAGCUUAGCAACCUGAGCAUCGGGACCAUCAAUCAAGCCAUUGAGUAUCUGACCGUCAAGGGCCACAUCUACCCCACUGUGGAUGGGGAGCGUUUUAAAUCUGCUGAUUGAAGCAGUGAAAACUUCUUUCAUUUUCUGAAGACGCUGCCUCCAGUUGUGACUGAGUUUGACUGUUUGACUUUUAGGAAGUAGAUUUCUUUAAACAAAAGAUUGGAACUGCCAUCCUUUUGGAACUUCACUGCUUUUCCAACUGCUUUGAACUUUUCUAUUUUUCUAACUAUAUUUGAAGCUCAGAGGGAGAUGGCGAUGGAUAAAUUGACUGGCCUUUUUGUAGAGUUUACCAGCAAGCAAAUGAAAACACUCUUGGACAGAUGAUUUUGGAGGAGAAAAGGUAUAGAAAAAGUUGAAAAUUAUUAGUUGCAUGGGAGCUUCUUCUGUAAUACCUACAUAUUAGGAGAAAGUAGAUGCAGUCAAGGAGCCAGUUAAGAGACAAAAAAAUAUUCUGUUGUUUUUACAUUAGACUUAUUUUCUAUGUUUGGAUUUAGCAUAUUAUAGUCAUAUUAGUAUCUCUUGCUAAAUAUAGUAGUUGAUUAAUUCAGAUGUGCUAAAGAUAGCAGUUUAUGAAUUCAGGCACUCAGUUCAAAUGUUCAUUUAGUGAUUUGCUCUUACACUGUAGGUUUAUGUUUUUUUAAAAGAUAAGAUUAUACUAUGUUUAAAUGGGAGGGUCAGCUUUGACUUUUUUCUUAAAAUAUGAUUAAUGAUUGUUUCAAAUACAAUAUGGAGAUAUUUGGAUUAAAUUACAAUCUCUUGCAGUUGCAUAGUACAGAUACCAGACUUUUUGUAAGUUUCAUGCUCUGAUGUAUUAUUUAUAGUACUAAAUGCUCUGUUUUAUGUAUAAGAAGGUUUUAUUCUUGUAGGGUAGACAAACAAAAAGUAAUAAUAGGAAUUUUAUUAAACUUUGCAAGUUUAACCAAAAUUUAUUUAAACGUUUUAUUAAAGCACUUUUGCAAAUCUUUACCUCCCUGUGUGAUAUUUUUCUAAAUUCAUUUGAAAAGCCUAUAGUUUUGUUUUUGAAUAUUAAUAUUGUAAUUAUCCAGAAUAAUUUUUUCUCUUCUCUAUAUGAUAUCAAUAACAUACAUCCUAUUUGUAAUAAUACAUUUUAGUAUAGGUUAUAUGACUUAUGUGAGGCUUUUAAAUAAUUGAACACACUAAGCACUCAGUUGUACAUACACUGAAGAUGGUAUCUUUCAAGUUACUAUCUCUGUUACAUUAGUGGAAAGAAAAAAUAUAUACAUUCAUAUAGGUAGAAGAGAAAAGCAUUACUUGUCUCAAUCACAAAAAGAAGGUGCAAAAACAGAAAAUCUCUUAAAAGCCAACAAUCCAUACUGUUAGAAUGUGGCCUCUUUUUGCCAGUUCUUAGGAAAACUUAUCAACAGUUCUUGCUUAAGCUUCCUGAGGCAUAAAUUUAACUUUUCUUCCCUUCAAAAGCAAGGAAGUCAUAAAUGACACUCUUUUGAAAACCACAAAUGGUUAACAUACUAUGAACGUGUUUGUUAUUUAAAUUAUCAGACAUCUUUCCAAAUUCUAGUCUUCAUAAACAUAAGAAAUUCUGAACUACUCUUUGUCAAAAAGGUUGCCUGCCCUGGGAAAAUCAUACUGAAGGAGAGACAGAUGAGGGGCAUAUUUCUUCCUCAAGAUGUCAGUGCGGAAAGAAAUAGUCUAAGAGACGUAAUAUUCUUUUGUGGUAUCACUUAUACAAAUGCUGGAAGCCUGAGAUUAAAAUCUGAUAUUUAUGACUUCAUAGGUCACUUUCCUAAUUGUCAAGUUGAUUCAAUUGGCGGUUGGCUGGGUAGUCACCUUUCCCCUCACUCUAGGAAUAUUCCUAGAGCCAAAAAAGCUUUUUUUGCCUGUCUUUGUUGCCUGGGAACUGAUGCUAUAUGUAUACCCGAAUUUAAGGCCAGGGACCACCCCCACUUCCUGCCCCAUCCUUUGAGGGGGACUGUCCUCUAUCUUUGUGCCUUGGGGUACUUUUUAGCUUUGUUAAUUACCCUAGCACCCCCCCCCCCAUUCUUCUUGUGCUUUACUAGGUUUCUGCUGCAGGUAAGGGACUGCGAUGGAAGAAUACUAAGUAGGUCUAGCUAUAAUGUGAAAGAAAAUCGAACAUUUUGAGGCAGAAACAAUUGCUAGAUUGCCGUACAUGCAUAUUUAGUGCAUGUUAGGGGUAGCAGAUUUUUCAAAUUCAUUUUAAACCAUCCACUUGGUAUGCAGACUUCUUUUUCAAUUUUGUUUAGAUGGUGAAUAAACUUGGCCAGUGCUCCCCUUCCUCUCCAGUUCUGCCCUGUAUGUGAGCCAAAUCUUUGAGUAUAAGACAGAAAUCCUGGGGAAAUACCAUUGACUAUUUUCAGCAGGGACAUUUAACUCUGAGGAACAUGAUAAUUGAUAAUUAUAAGCCACUGGGGGUUGUUUUUCUAUGGCUCAUAGGCAUAAGAAAUGUAUGCAUUUAUAUUGAAGUUGAUUCUAAAUGAACGGAAUAAAUAAAUUUGAAAAUGUUUUCAAGUCAAAGCUAAUACUGUCAUCACAAUUGUUAGUACUUGUUUUAUUUUACCUACUAAAUUUAGAUUUAUAUUUUGAGUAAAUUAUAAAUUGUAUUUUUACAAUUUCCAUUCACUUAUAAUGAAUGAAAAAAGGUAACCACUGAGAAUUCUUUAGUCAUUAAACCGUUAGUGAGCAACUACUAUAUGCAAUAGGAGUUAACUUUCAUUUUAAUAAGCUUAAAUUUAAUUGACUUAUGAAAUACUUAUCAAAAAUAAUAAUAGUUAAUAUUUUAACAUUUAUAUAGUACUUAUUAUCUGCUAGGCACUGUUCUAAGAGAGAGAGAGAAUGUGUAUGUGUGUGUCCCUGUGAUUUAUAAUCGAGGUCCCUGUGCCUCGGCUUAUAUUUCCAGCUCAGACCUUUCUCUUGAAGUUCAGACCCCAUCUCCAAAUGUCUUCCCAGAUGCCCUACAGACAUCUUUAAAACAUUAAAAAAUAAUAGCAAGGAACACUUAACAUAUAUACCAUUUUUUAUCCCCCAGGAAAUGUUCUAAGAACUUGAAAUACAUACCACCGGGGAAUCAUUAUGAUUAGUAUUAAUAUUGUUCUCAUUUUAUAGAUGAGGAACUUGAGGCUCAGAAAGGUUAAGUAAUUUGCUCUAUUUUAAUGUUACAUGGCUAGUAAAUGUCAGAGCUAAGGUUCCAAUCCUGGGUCCUUAUCCACUUCUUUGUACUACCUCACAAUAAGGAAAGUCUUUUAAAAUAUCCUCCUUUCAUUCUUGUCACAUACUAAAUAUUUUGACUUUAUUCCUUUCAUUAAAAUUUGCCUGACUUGAAUUUUUUAAAAAACACUAUGAAAUAUUUCAGCAACAAGUAUAGAGGAGAAUAUAAAAACACCUCUGUAUUCAUUACCAGUUUAAGAAACAAAAUUUAUUUUUAUUAUAGUUGUAGAGAACUUAGCCAUAUAACUCAUUAAUGUUUAAUGACACUAUAACAUCCUUUGAGCCUGCAUUUACACUGAUUAAAAAAUCAUCUGAAAGUCUACAUCUUCUAUAAACCAAUGCAUUUAUUUUUUGAAGUGUACUAUCUUAAGAAUAUAUAUCAUUGCAUUGAAAAGUCGUAUUCUUAUGAUCUCAUGGCUCUUUGUAGAGAAAUUUGGGACUCCUUUGCUCUAUACAUUUUGGAUGAUACCUCUAGUAAUUCAAAUGCCAUCCAUAUAUUAUUCCUAUUUACCAUUAUAUGAUAAAUCAAGAAAGCUUUUUACUUUUACUAUUGAGAAUUACUAUUUUUCUUUUUUUUUGGUAAUACCUUAGGUUUGAGCAGUUCAAUGAAUAGCACUUAAUAUUAUGUAGUUUGUUUUUAUAUAGCAGAUGGAUAUCCCAGAAAGGAAU